UGACAAGCAAGAAGUACGGAAAUCAGAAAUGGCUGCGAUGGGUAGUGGACGAGGGACGAUGGAUUCCCAAAAUCAAGUGCAAAGUGAUUCAAUAGAUCGUUUAAAAUUGCUUUAUCCCAAUGUGAAUGAAGAUGAAACUCCUCUGCCAAGAUCAUGGAGCACAAAAGACAAAUUCAGCUACAUCGGACUAUCGCAAAAUAAUCUUAGAGUGCACUACAAAGGUGGGACGCAGGGUCCAGGAAGAAGACCCCACCUGCCCUAUCUCCACUUACGCCUCUGGAUGCAUCGACAUGGGAAGACUCACAAGGAUGCGGCGAGCGUCCGCGCGACCCACCCCAUACCGGCUGCGUGCGGCCUCUACUACUUUGAGGUCCGCAUCGUGUCCAAGGGUCGCGACGGCUACAUGGGCAUCGGACUGUCGGCUCACGGCGUCAACAUGAACAGACUGCCUGGCUGGGAUAAGCACUCGUACGGUUACCACGGCGACGACGGGCACUCGUUCUGCUCGUCGGGCACGGGGCAGCCGUACGGGCCGACGUUCACCACCGGUGACGUCAUCGGCUGCGGCGUCAACCUCGUCGACAACACGUGCUUCUACACUAAGAACGGUCACCACUUGGGCAUCGCUUUCAGGGGAUUACCGCCGAACCUGUACCCCACGGUGGGGCUGCAGACGCCCGGCGAGGUGGUGGACGCGAACUUCGGGCAGCAGCCGUUCGUGUUCGACAUCGAGGACAUGCUGCGGGAGCUGCGCGCGCGCACCCGCCUCGCCAUCGACGAGUUCCCGCUGCCCGACGAGCAGGGCCAGUGGCAGCAGGUGUUGCACAGGAUGGUGUCCACGUACCUGGUGCACCACGGCUACUGCAGCACGGCGCAGGCCUUCUCGCGCGCCACGGGCGAGCGCGUGCACGAAGACAUCGCCUCCAUCAAGAACAGGCAACGGAUAUCGAAGCUGGUGCUGGGCGGGCGCGUGGGCGAGGCGGUGGAGGCGGCGCGGCGCCUGUACCCCGGCCUGCUGGAGCGCGACCCCGACCUGCUGUUCCUGCUCAAGUGCCGCCAGUUCGUCGAGAUGGUCAACGGCUCCGACUCCGAGAUGUGCGACAGCGACGCGGAGGGCGCGUGCGGCGCCAACGGCGUCGCCACCUCCGUCAUCUCGCACACGUCGCGCGCGCACUCGCCGGCGCCCACCUCGCCGCCCGCGCCCCACGCGCCCCCCGCGCCCCCGCCCGCGCCCCACACGCCGCCGCCGCACGCCACGCACAACGGCCUGCACCACACUAACGGUGUGUCGGAAAUGGCGGACGGCGAGCCGCGCGCGAACUGCGACGUGGACAUGCCGCCGGCACACGCUUCGCCGAACGGCAUCGCCGGUUCGGAGCCGGUGAAGGGCAUGCCGGGCGUCACGGCGUGCGUCGCGGCGCUGCUGUCGCCGCGUAGAUCCGAGGGGGAAGGGUGUCGCGCGUCCGUGGAGCGGAUGCUGGCGUUCGGGCGGGAGCUGUACGCGAUGAGCCAGAAGCUGACGCAGGACCACUAUCACAAGUCCAUGCUGGAGGAUGCUUUCAGCCUGCUGGCGUACAGCAACCCGUGGGACAGCCCGCUCGGCUGGCAGCUGGAGCCCGUGCGCCGCGAGGCCGUCUGCGAGGCGCUCAACUCCGCCAUACUCGAGUUCCAGGGCAUGGGCUGGGUGUCGCCCGUGGAGGCGUGCGUGUCGCACUCGCGCGAGCUGCUGCGCCGCAUGGCGCGCGCCUCGCUCGGCGCCUGCGCCUUCGCCGACCUGCCCGCGCUGCUGCGCCGCUGACCCGCCGCGCCGCCCUCGCCGCCCGCGCCCCGCGCCCCGCCCGCGCGCCGC